ACCAAGCUCGCUGGCUGCGACUUAGGGCUGGCGUGUGGUUGGGGCUGAGCCAUGAACGGCCUCAGGGGUGCCAUCCUCUUCUGGGCGGUAGUAGCGUGGGCUAAAACGGACAAGCCUUUGGGAGAGACAAAUGAGGCUGGAUUUCAAAAAUGCAAGAAUGCCUUAAAACUACCUGUUCUAGAAGUCUUACCCGGAGGGGGCUGGGAUAACCUGCGGAAUGUGGACAUGGGACGGGUGAUGGACCUGACUUACAGGAGCUGCAGGACCACAGAGGAUGGACAGUACAUCAUCCCCGAUGAAAUCGUCAGCAUCGCCCAGAAACAGAGCAACCUAGAGAUGAACUCCGAAAUCCUGGGGUCCUGGGUGAAUUACCAGAGCAGCACCUCCUUCUCCAUCAACUUGGAGCUUUCCCUUUAUUCCAAGGUCAAUGGCAAAUUCUCCUCUGAUUUCCAGAAGAUGAAGACCCUUCAAGUGAAAGACCAAGCUAUAACUACCCGGGUUCAGGUAAGAAACCUGAUCUACACGGUCAAAAUCAACUCAGCUUCAAAACUAAGCUGGAGGUUUAAGAAGGAACUCAUGGACAUCUCUGACCGCCUGGAGAACAACCAGACGCGGAUGGCCACCUACCUGGCAGAGCUUCUGGUCCUCAACUAUGGCACCCACGUCAUCACCAGUGUGGAUGCUGGAGCUGCUCUCAUCCAGGAGGACCACAUCAGAUCCUCAUUCUUACAGGACAGCCAGAGCAGUCACACUGCUGUGACCGCAUCCGCUGGGAUUGCCUUCAUGAACGUCGUGAACUACAAAUUUGAGGAGAACUACACGUCGCAGAGCGUCCUCACCAAGAGCUAUCUCUCAAACCGAACCAACUCCAGGGUGCAAAGCAUCGGAGGGGUUCCUUUUUACCCAGGCAUCACCCUCCAGGCCUGGCAGCAGAGCAUCACCAACCACCUGGUGGCCAUAGACCGCGAUGGCCUGCCUCUGCAUUUCUUCAUCAACCCCGACAUGCUGCCUGAGUUGCCGGGGCCCUUGGUGAAGAAGUUGUCUCGCACGGUGGAGGCUGCCGUGAGGCAUUAUUACACGUUCAACACCUACCCUGGAUGCACAGAUGUCAACUCGCCCAACUUCAAUUUUCAGGCCAACACUGAUGAUGGCUCUUGCGAGGGGAAAAUGACUAAUUUUUCCUUUGGAGGAGUUUAUCAGGAAUGCACCCAGCUCUCAGGGAAGGAGGUUGCCCAGCUCUGCCAAAACUUGGAGCAGAAGAAUCCGCUCACUGGUGAUUUCUCCUGCCCCUCUGGCUACUCCCCAGUCCACCUGCUGUCCCAGAUCCACGAAGAGGGUUACAACCACCUGGAGUGUCGACGGAGAUGCACCCUCCUCAUCUUCUGCAAGACGGUGUGCGAAGAUGUGUUCCGGGUGGCGAAGGCUGAAUUUAGGGCUUUUUGGUGCGUGGCGAGUGGCCAAAUACCAGAAAACUCAGGACUGCUUUUUGGGGGCCUCUUCACUGGUAAGAGCAUAAACCCUUUGACAAAUGCACAGUCCUGCCCGGCUGGCUAUUUUCCACUGAGACUUUUUGAAAACCUCAAGGUAUGUGCCUCUCAGGACUAUGAGUUGGGAUAUAGGUUUUCCGUUCCCUUUGGUGGGUUCUUUAGCUGUGCAGUCGGAAACCCCUUGGUAAAUUCUGCCAUAGCCAACGAUUUAGGGGCACCUUCUCUAAAAAAGUGUCCUGGGGGCUUCAGCCAACACCUAGCCCUCAUCAGUGAUGGAUGCCAAGUGUCCUACUGUGUCAAGGCCGGGCUUUUCACAGGAGGCGCUCUGCCCCCUGCCAGGCUCCCACCUUACACCCGGCCACCCCUCAUGAGUCAGGCUGCCACCAACACUGUCAUCGUGACAAAUAGCGAGACGGCGAGUUCCUGGAUUAAAGACUCCCAGACCCACCAGUGGAGGCUGGGGGAGCCGUUAGAGCUGCGCAGGGCCAUGGGGGUCAUCCACGGGGACGGCAGUGGUCUGUCAGGAGGGGCAGCAGCUGGGGUCACAAUGGGGGUCACCACUGUCCUGGCAGCCACCAUUGCCCUGGCCGUCUAUGGCACCCGGAAGUACAAGAAGAGGGGCUACCAGGCAUUGGAGGACGAGAGGCAGAGUUUGGCGGCGGGCUCUGCAGAGACGGGGGGCGCCCCUGACCAAGAGCAGGAGCAGAGUCCAGCCUAAAUCUCUCCGGAGAAACGUCUCUCUCGUCUCUGUAAGCAUGCCUUUCAUCCCUUCACGCUUCACUUCUGCCUUCCUGAGGACUGGCGUGGCAGGUGCAAGAAAAAGCAGGUAUAACUUUGUGACUUCCUUAGGGCUCCCGGCCACAAAAUGAACAGAGCUGCGUGGACAGGGUUGGGGUGGGGUAGGAGAGCCAACAUGACUUUUUAAGCCAAAGUCAUCGUGGGGGCUAAAACAUGAAGGGGGUAUCUUUUCUCUGUGUGCAUCGUUGAUUAUCUUCACCUGAAUACAUACGUGAGAAAAGAGACGGGGAGAGCAUGUUGACCUUUGGAUUUGGAGACCAUGCAUUUAAUCUGAGAUCGGCCACGGUUUCCAAUUCAUGAGCUGUAAGAAUUUCUAAGUGUUACCCUCCUACUCUUUUGUUUUUUAAAAAAAUCUCUCUGGAGUUCAUGCUCCUGGAGGCUGAAAGUUCCGCCAGAAGAUACGGGAAGUCCCGCAUGGCCACUGAUUUUCACUGUUGAGGGCUCUGUACUGAUGGACGGGGUCCUCUCAAGCUCAUCUGAACAGCAAGAUGUUGUCUCUACUAAGUCCAUGUUUUCCAGCCUUCCAGCCACAAUCCUGACUCACUCAGACCAGGUCACUUUUGGACUUCAGACGAGUGUCAUAAAGUCCUCAAAAAAAUAUUCUAACUUAUAAUCUUCUAUUAGGAGGUCAAGGGAGAAGGGAUGGUUUGGAGACAAGGCAUAAGUUAAAAAAAGGGUGAGAACUGGACAAGAUCCUGGCACUCAGGGGAAACUGGUUACCCUUAACCACCUCCCUGGCUUAUGGAGCUGCAGAUUGGGGUAGAACAAGCAUUACAGUUUCCUGGUCUCUGUUACCAGAGUACUACCCCUGCUUCAUCCAUGAGGGGCCCUUUCCCUUUCUGUCCUCGCAUCACAUGUACACACCCCCAAACACACAUGUGUGCACCCCCUGAACACAUCCCCCAAACAUACACAGACACACACCCCAAACACAUGUGUGCACGCACACCCCCACCCUCCCUCCACACACCACAUUCCAACAAGAAGUCUGCAUUUUUCUAGGGGCAGGAGACAAAGUAAACCCACACCUAAGUAUUAUUUCCUCCCUAAAACAAAAUAGAGCAGAACCUACCAAUUAUGUACCCUACCUUUGUUUUUUUUCCCCCAGCAGAAAAGAGGCUAACAUGAUCAAAUCUAUGUUUUUAAAUGAAACAAAAAAGGCAUCCAACACCAUUUGUGAUACAUUUAUUUCUGUUCCAGGCUGACCUCCCUCAGGCAUCCAGCAGGAUGCAUGAGUGUUUCCUGGCAUUUGGGCCUUUGCUCAACUUUAUUUAUUUCUUUUUUCUUUUUUUUUUGAGGGGGGAGGUUUGGCCCAAUUUUUAUACCAACCUCACCGAAUUGUAACGAUUAAGGUGAGUCUACUAAUACCUCUCCACGACAUUAAAAAAAAAAUUUUUUUUAUUAAGUAAAUUCUACUCCCAACAUGGGGCUUGAACUCAAAAACCUUGAGAUCAAGCAUCACAUGCUGUACGCACUGAGCCAGCCAGGCGCUCCUUCUCUACAACAUUUUUAAUAGUUACAUGUCUCUUCACCGAAUCAGAUGCCACGAAUGAGUUAAUUUUUAUGAAGGAUAAUCUGUCCUCACCUCGUUAACAUUCACAAUCAUGAGUUUAGGCUUACAUAAAUCCUUCUGAGAAGCCUGCAGCAUCCCAGCCUGUGGGAAGAUGGGAAGGAGGCUACUCGUUCGUCUCACCCUCACCUUCACACUCACACUCACACUCAUCCCCGGCUGCCCAGCCGCCAACACUGAUUUCUGCAACCUCGUCUCUGAACUCUGCCGCUUAAGCAUUAAAAUAGUCUCCUAAACCUCUGGGGGGUUUUGUGGGUAAAUUUCAGCUGAACUAACCACUUCUUUGCAAAUUCCCCCAUGAAUUCCUCGAAGAGGACUGAGUCAGAGACAAAGUACAGCUAAGGGCUCUUGGACUUUUAACGCUAACUGCCCUUUGAAAUAAAAGUUCU